GUUUAAUGAAAGCAGAAGGGAAUAUCCAUAGAGGACAUUAAAAGGAGGAGAAGAGGAGCAGCAGAGGAGGAGAAAGUUAUUUUCCUAACGGGACAGGAGGAGCACUGGACUGAGCAGCAGGAAUGUUGCCGGUGAUCCUGACAGUUUACCUCAAUGACACCCAACAGAUGCUGACAGAGGUCCCAGUAACCCCAGCAACCAGAGUGGUUGAUGUGGUGGAAUACUGUAAAGAGGCCGGCGAGGGGGAGUGUCACCUCGCUGAAGUGUGGAAAGGACAUGAGCGAGUUCUCCCCCAGGAGUUGUUAUUGUUGGACCUCCUUCAGCAGUGGGGAGCCAGGAGGCCCGAGGUCAGCUUCUACCUCAGACACUGCCCCCCCUGGACACAAGGAAGUCAGCAGCCUUUGGAGCAGAACUGGACCACAGACGCAACAGAGAGCGCUAAUGACAGGGAGCAGAGACUGAGGUAUCUUCAGCAGGGAGGCAGAUCUAACCAGGGACAAACACAGUCUGAAGCUGAGAAGCUGCAGCGGCUGAAAGAGCGAGUGGACACCCAGGAGUCGAAGCUAAAGAAGAUCAGAGCCAUGAGAGGACAAGUCGACUACAGUAAACUGAUCAACGGAAACCUGUCUGCAGAGAUUGACCAUGUUAGCAGCCUGUUUCAGGAGAAGCAGGCAGAGCUGCAGUCUGCUGUGGUCAGAGUGGACCAGUUGACUCAACAGUUGGAAGAUCUGAGAAGAGGACGCCUUCAACUGCAUACUGUAGCACCGCAUCAUGGGGCACACACGGGACACCAUGGCACAAACACUGGCCAGAAAGGAUCACCCCUGUCCGGCCCUGCAGCCCUGGAACUGAGGAAGCUCUACCAGGAGCUGCAGGCUCGUAACCGUCACAACCUGGAGCAGAGCAGCAAGUUGGUGCAGAACAAGGAGCUGCUGAACAAGAGGAACACCCAGGUCACAGUGAUGGAUCAACGCAUCGGAGACCUGAGAGAACGACUGCAUAAGAAGAGAGCUGAGUUGUGUCGUAUGAAUGGAGGCGUCCUGUCCCCCCCUCAAACCUCUUCCCAUCCUGGCGUUGGAGUUUCAGGUCGAGUGGCGGCUGUCUGCCCUUACAUCCAGGUUCCAGCUGAGGCGAGACAGGAGACGGGCUACCCCCUGCCGUCUGACCCACCACCCAAACCCACCCCUCUCAGCCACAUCCGCUCCCUCUCAGCCAAUGAAGCAUCAUGGCCUAGCAUCAGUAAGACUGUGCCCGAUUGGAAGACCAACAGUCCAGAACAGCAGCUUCCCUCUGGCUAUGGCACCUACCCUAGCGCCACCCACCAGGCAGCAGGGCACCACUCUGCUACCAGCUCCCUGCCCAGAUCUGCUCCCGGUACGCUGGGCUGGCCCCGAUCCAAUGCUGCCAAUGCCACCUCAUCCUCCUCUUCAUCAUCAUCCUCUUCACAACAAAUACAGCAGCGCAUCGCUAUCCCUCCACAUGCUAUCCAAGGCCCUGCCAACACCUCCCAGCCAUCGCCACUGUCCCCACAAACUGAGCGAACAGAUCCUCCUCCAGCGGUGGCUGUACGUCCCUAUGUCCCGGACCAUCCCUCCAGGCCUCAGUCCCCCAGGAAGGGCCCUGCGACCAUGAACAGCAGUUCCAUCUAUAGCAUGUACCUCCAGCACCCUCAGUCUAAAAACUAUGGCUCUCUCAGCAACCGGACAACUGUCAAAGCAGUCUAUGGGAAACCCAUCCUGCCCACGUCCUCCACUUCUCCGUCCCCUGUCCCUUUCCUCCAGGGAGGAGGAGGAGGAGGAGGAGGAGUAAGAGCAGGAGGAGAGGAUGUUACAGAUAAAGACGGAGGAAAAAUAGGAGGAGGAGAUGGCAGCGAUGGGCAAGUCCUCCAUCCACCCAGCGUGGAUAACAUCCCUCGUCCCCUGAGUCCCACUAAGCUCACCCCAGUUGCCCACUCCCAGCUACGUUACCAGAGUGACGCUGACCUUGAGGUUCUUCGCCGCCGUCUCAGCAAUGCCCCAAGACCUCUGAAGAAACGGAGCUCAAUCACAGAGCCUGAGGGCCCUCAGGGACCCAACAUUCAAAAAUUACUGUACCAGAGAUUCAACACGUUGGCGGGAGGCAUGGAAGUCAGCUCAGGCAACACUUUCUACCAGCCUGACUGCAUUUUGGGCGACGUGGACAACAUCCAUUCAGCCAAUGGGAAUGUAGAACCUGGUGACAAGCAUGUCACUUUGGCAGCAGUGGAGGGCGAAGUUAAAAAUCUGAACUCAGAAUCCCGCCGCUUGUCCCCUCCUUCUGUCGCUGUAGAAACACCCAAAGAGACAACACCAGCAGUAGAAACUACCAAUAAAGUGUCACCAACGCCAAAACCUAGCCCACCCCCCGUACCUGAUAGGCCGGAGGACCGGAAUAAUAACAACCAGACAGGUUGUAGUCCUGCCCACAACAAUAUAACCCGCGCCUCCCCUGCUCCUUCACCACCUGCCCCACCUACACUGCCAAAGACUAAGCGAACCAACCUGAAGAAGCCGUCAUCAGAGCGUACCGGCCAUGGUCUGAGAGUCAAGUUUAACCCUCUAGCUCUGCUGCUGGACUCAUCAUUAGAGGGAGAGUUUGAUCUGGUGCAGAGAAUUAUAUACGAGGUGGAAAAUCCCAGUAUGCCCAAUGAUGAAGGAAUAACUCCUCUCCAUAAUGCUGUCUGCGCUGGCCAUCACCACAUUGUGAAGUUCCUGCUGGAUUUUGGAGUGAACGUAAACGCGGCAGACAGCGACGGAUGGACUCCUCUGCACUGUGCGGCUUCCUGUAACAGCGUCCACCUCUGUAAGAUGCUGGUGGAGUCGGGGGCGGCCAUUUUUGCCACAACAAUUAGCGAUGUUGAAACGGCGGCAGACAAAUGUGAAGAAAUGGAGGAGGGUUAUACGCAGUGUUCUCAGUUCCUUUAUGGUGUACAGGAGAAGUUGGGAGUUAUGAACAAAGGCUUGGUCUACACUCUCUGGGAUUACAGUGCCCAGCAGGCUGAUGAGCUAUCCUUCAGCGAGGGUGAUGCCCUCACCGUGCUUCGUCGCCGUGACGACACUGAGACGGAUUGGUGGUGGGCGAGACUUAACGACCGCGAGGGAUACGUACCCCGAAACCUGCUGGGGCUGUAUCCAAGGAUCAAACCCAGACAACGCUCACUGGCAUAAAGCCCAGAUCAGUAGCAGCCAACGUGCACGCUUGCAGAGGCCGCAUGCACGCAGAGAAGAAGAGCGUGUGGGCGCAGACAUUAGGCCAGAAAGAAAAAGAAGAAAGAAGUGACAGAGGAGCAGGAGGAGGAACACGAAGAUGGAGCUCGCACCUCUGAUGAAGCAACUUUUUGUUUUGUUUUUUGGUUUGUUCGGAUGUAACGCUGGAGCCACACAGCCAAAUAUAUUUCCACGUAGUUGUUGCAGAGAUUUUAAAAAAAAGAUAUCGCCUGAAUCUUAUUUUGAGAAACAGUACAGUAGCUUUACAACUUUACAAGAGUUCAGCCGCAUGAUAGACACCGAAUAAAAAAUAAAUAAAAAAUCCAAUUCAUCAUUUGGAUGCAGCUUCAAGUUCCACGUCAGUUCAUCCAGCUCCGAACAUUAAAACAUGAGCUUUGAAUUAUAGGGCUCGAGCGACUACUCAUCCAAAUAUUCUUGACCUUUGAAUGUCACUUUAUUUUUGUAUGGUGUUAAUCUUGUAAAAAAAAAAGACAAAAAAACACAAAACCAAACACCCAGAUCAUAAUACUAAGCUCGUGAGCAGCAUAGCGAAAAGAUUUGCUCAUUCUCAAUCACAGCAAACCAAGUAUGUUGUCUGAAAACUUUCAAUGCAGUACAUUUACAGGCUAGAUCAAGUAAAAGUAUGUGUGGAUGUGAAAUGUGAAGAUGGAGAGAGCGAAGUGAGAAGAAGGGAGCAGACAGUUUUCAUAACUUUGAAUGUGUGUUAAAGCAAGUCAGGUUGUGUCAGUGUAAAAGGAAAGAUGUUAAAGUGCAGCCGAAAUACUAAAGAACAGAAUCCAGCCAGCAUCUGACGCCCGAGAUCAACAUCAUCCCACAUAAGCAUGUUCACAGUUUAAUAUUGUGACAUGCUGAAAAAAAGAAAAAAAAAGGUUUGAACUGAUAUCAGAAGAAUAUUUUGGUUCUGAAUGAAAAGCAUCAACGUCUCAGCCUUUUAGUAUUGUGUAUUAAUGUUGACUCAGCACUAGCGCAUGCUGUCGUAUCAACAUCUGUUCCACUUUGACAUGAUUUCUUGUACAGUACAGAAGAAAGAAGGAGAAAGAGAGGAAACAAGAAUGUGACUGGAAUGUUUGUGAAAUACAAUGGAAUUUGUGAAACCAAAGUACUUAGAGAGGGUUAAGGGGUGACAGAAGAGAAGAAGUCAAAUUUGUUUAUACGAAAAUUUAAAUCCACUGUUUGCGAGAAACCAUUUAUAACAAAGUUAAAUAUAUAAAGAACUCCUGUGGCUACUUAUUUUGCAACUUCUUACAAACCCUGGAAAGAAACGUCUUUCUUCAGGGUUGAAAAUAUAAUGUAUACAGAUUAUCACUGUGCUGAGUGGUUAAGUGUGAAAAGGGCUAAAUUAGCCCAGAGUGAGUGAAUAAUCUAAAGCGUGAAAACAACUCGAGUUCAUCUCUCUGGUAAUUUUUUUUUUCUUCAUAUUUACAUAUUUGAGUAGCUGUAUGAAAUGUAUUAUUCCCCUGAUUUGUGAUUUUAUUUAAAACAAACAGUGUUUUUCUAUUAUUAUUAUUAUUAUUAUUGUUGUUAUUAUUAUUAUUAUUAUUAUAAAACACUGCUCUCCUUUCUUUUGGGCUGGGUGUUAGUGCUGCCAACACUCACUGCUGCCACCCAGUGUACACCAAGGCUGUGACGCUGCACAGUGUCAUUUCCUUCAACACAUGCUGUGUAUGAUAUGAAGCAAUAAGUGUGAUGUUUGGUGUGAGAAUGGCACGUUGUACCAUUACUUACUUGUGUAUAUGCAACCUGUAACUAUACAGCUAAUGUACAAUAAUAAUAAAGAAAGUAUAAUCCUU